AUGCGCAGGACACGCGCGCGGGGUCCUGGCAGCCGCGAGACGGCACCUGAGGGACUCGGUUCGGGUCUGAGGUGCAGAGCCGGCAGGAUGGAGGCGCUGAAGGUGGAAAAGUUCACGACGGCGGACAGGGGCAACGGACUGCGCGCGGUAGCCCAGCUGCGGCCCGGGGAGCUGCUCUUCCGCUCCGACCCCUUGGCCUACACCGUGUGCAAGGGGAGUCGUGGCGUCGUCUGCGACCGCUGCCUUCUCGGGAAGGAGAAGCUGAUGCGAUGCUCUCAAUGCCGAAUUGCCAAGUACUGCAGUGCUAAGUGUCAGAAAAAAGCUUGGCAGGAUCACAAGCGGGAAUGCAAAUGUCUGAAAAGCUGCAAACCCAGAUACCCUCCUGACUCUGUGAGACUUCUUGGCAGAGCUAUCUUCAAACUUAUGGAAGAAGCGCCCUCAGAGUCGGAGAAACUUUACUCAUUUUAUGAUCUGGAAUCAAAUAUUAGCAAACUGACUGAAGAUAAGAAAGAGGGCCUCAGGCAGCUUGCUUUGACAUUUCAACAUUUCAUGAAGGAAGAAUUACAAGACGCCUCUCAGCUGCCCCCGUCUUUUGACAUUUUUGAAGCCUUUGCAAAAGUGAUCUGCAACUCAUUCACCAUCUGUAAUGCAGAGAUGCAGGAGGUUGGUGUUGGCCUGUACCCCAGUAUGUCUUUGCUGAAUCACAGCUGUGAUCCGAACUGUUCCAUUGUGUUCAACGGGCCUCACCUCUUACUGCGCGCAGUUCGAGAAAUUGAGGCUGGAGAGGAGCUCACCAUCUGCUACCUGGACAUGCUGAUGACCAGUGCAGAACGCCGGAAGCAGCUGAGGGACCAGUACUGCUUUGAGUGUGACUGUUUCCGGUGCCAAACACAGGACAAGGAUGAUGAUAUGCUAACCGGUGAUGAGCAAGUAUGGAAGGAGGUUCAAGAAUCCCUGAAAAAAAUUGAAGAGCUGAAGGCACACUGGAAGUGGGAACAGGUUCUGGCCAUGUGCCAGGCAAUCAUAAGCAGCAACUCGGAGCGGCUUCCUGAUAUCAACAUCUACCAGCUGAAGGUGCUCGACUGCGCUAUGGACGCAUGCAUCAACCUGGGGCUGCUGGAGGAGGCCUUGUUCUAUGGCAUGCGCACCAUGGAACCAUACCGGAUUUUUUUCCCUGGAAGCCAUCCUGUCAGAGGAGUACAGGUAAUGAAAGUUGGCAAGCUGCAGCUACAUCAAGGCAUGUUUCCCCAAGCGAUGAAGAAUCUGAGACUGGCUUUUGACAUUAUGAGAGUGACCCACGGCAGAGAGCACAGCCUGAUUGAAGAUUUGAUUCUUCUCUUGGAAGAAUGUGAUGCCAACAUAAGAGCAUCCUAAGGACUCCACCGGGCUGGAGGGAAGGUGGCGCAUCCUUAUCAAAUGCCUUAUUGAGGUCACAUGCCCUGUGCUGUUUGCAGUGUGAAUCUCCCCUAUUGAAAACAAUGUUCUGUGUUUGUGUAGGUAGACAGCGGCAGGCAUGUGUUGUGUAACCCUAGAACCAUUAGUGGUAGAGAGGCACAAUUAUAAUAAAUACAAAAAAAAAUUAGAUGAAAAUGCCAUUUGGUAAUUUUUCUUUCACUCAUAGGUGAUGUUCAAGAUUUCAAUAUUGGAAAUAGGAGUUCAACAAAGACAGGACAGAAUAAGUUAAAACAAGGAUAGAAUAAGUUAAAACACUCUUUUUUGGAUGUAUGUAGACAUUUCACAUGUACUCCCAAACACAAAUGUCAUGUCCAUUUUAUAAAGUGUAUAUUUUACUGUUUUACUUUAUUUUUAUUAACAUGUGUUAAUAAAUCAUACUUAUUAAUGUGGUUCAAUAUGAUAUUUAAGUAACUCAGUACAUGUGUACAGCAUGCACCAAUUGAAUCCAGGCUCUGGUUAUUCCUCAGUGUCUUCAAUUUCUACCUUCUAAUAAUCACUACUCUUCCUUAAGAUUGACUUUUUAAAACUUCCCACCAGUGAGAGAGAACAUCCAGGAUUUUUCUCUCUGUGCCUGGCUUAUCUCACUUAACAUAAUUUCCCCCAGUUCCAUGAAUGGCAGGAUUUCACUCAUCUUUAUGGCUGAAUGCUAGUCCUCUAUUUAUAUACUACACCAUCUCUAUGCAUGUUGAUGGGGUCCUAACUUGACAGCAGACCUCAGCUAUUGUGAAUAGUCUCACAGUAAACAUGGACAGAAUAUGUUUUUGGAUUACUUAAUUUCCUUUUGAUAUAUACCCAGAAGUGGGAUGGCUGGAUUGUAUGGUUGUCCUAUUUUUAGUUUUCUGAGGAACCUCUGUACUGGUCUCUGUAAUAGUUGUACAAAUUUACUGUUCCUUUUUUCCCAUGUUCUCACCAGAGUUGUCACUUGGGUAGUUGUGUUUUCAUUGUCAUUGUUUAUAAUAGCAUUUCAACUGCUGUGAGAUAUUUCAUUAUAGUUUUGGUUUCCCUGAUGACCAAUUAUAUUGAUUAUGUUUCAUAUAUUUGUGACUGUUCGUUUACUUACUUUGUAAUUGGAUUCUUAUUUUCUGAACUACUUAUACAUUAUGGAUGAAUUAUAUAUGAAUCCUUUGUUGGAUGGAUAAUUGGCAGAUAUGUUCUCACAUUCUGUAUGUUUUCUCUUCACUGUUGUUUACUGUGCUCUUAGAA